AUGUCAUCCUCCGAUCCAUUCAUCAUACUCAUCAUUGAUAGUGAACAAAUUCAUUGGGAUCAAAUCUUCUCAGAACAACCAGAUUUUAUUUCAAAAUACAAUAUUCAGAUCGAACAGACCACUUGGGAAAAUAUUCUCUCUGUGACCAGUUUCAAUGAAAAUUUCACAUCGAAAAGUAAACGUUGUGAAGUGACCAUGAGACCUUACAAGACCAAAUGCAGUCAUAAUGAACAGAGAAACAAACAGAGAGUUUGUCGUCCACAAUUUGUUCUGGUUCGGAAAUUAGUUCAGGGAUUGAAAAUUGAUCAACACGAUUAUACCAAUCAUUUACUUGGAAUGAUUCAUUGUAAUUUAGAUUCCGUCAAUAAUUUAAAAUCUAUUUAUUUGAAUUUACAACGUCCAAUUAUUCAUGGAAUUUUGACUCAAAUCAGAGAUGACAAGGGUUAUGAUAAAUUUCCAUUGAUCGAUCAGUAUUAUUAUAGCGAACCUCAUACUAUUUUAUUUACGCCAAAUUCGAGUGAAAACAAGGUCGUGUUAAAAGUUGGAUCCGCUGAAGCAGGGUAUGGAAAGGUUCUCUUAAAUAACGAUAGUGGAACACUGCGUGAUUUUGCAGGUGUUGUAACUCGUUACAAUGACUUUAUGACAUGUGAACCAUUCAUUUCCAAUCGAAAGUGUGACAUUAGAGUUCAGAAAAUUGGAAAGAAUAUUCGAGUGUAUGAAAGAGUGAGUUCCAAUUGGAAAGGUAAUGUUGGAAAUUCAAUUUUGAAAGAAGUUGAAGUUAAGAAGCAUUACAAAGAUUGGAUCAAAUGGGUUGAUGAAGCCAUGAAGAGAGAAAUUGGCUGUGAAUUAGAUAUUUUCACACUCGAUGCCAUCCUUGUUGAAACUAUCGAGACAGGAAAGACCACUCCAGUCAUCACUAAAGAAUAUAUUUUAGAAAUUAAUGAUUCUGCAUCAGGACUAGCUCCAGAAAAUCUCGAAAAGGAUUUGAGAUUGAUCCGAGAUUUAGUCAUUGAAAAAAUUAAAAAGUAA